AUGCAGAAUGUGCCAUCGUCGCAUGGCUCGUUGGAUGGUGAUCCUGAAGGUGAACCUAGGGAUGAAGGUGCGAAGCUGUCGCCGACCGAUGAUGGUGAUGGCUUCAACAGUGAUGAGUUUCGUGAAUGGCUAGCACAAAGGAAGACCCGUUCAAGGACGGCAACGCGUCGAAGUCGACGACCGGAGCUGGAGGACGGGAGUGACGGAGAUAGAAGUUCUGCUGGCCAAAACAGGGGGUCGGGGACCGGACCACCGCCACCAGAGUGGGACGGUACCUCGAUCUCCUUUCAGGACUGGUUGAUCAAGGCGAGAUUGUGGUUGGCGACUACAAGGGCAAAACCAUGCUCCCAAGGCCCGAUGAUUCUUCAGAGAUUGUCUGGUCAGCCCUUCCAAUCGCUGAAGCAUUACGCCAGAGAUCAACGAUGGUUGAACGAUGACAAGAACGGCAAGAAGCUGCUGGACGCGAUGGACACACCGGAGCUCUUCGGUGAGGACAGGGAGGAGGAGCUCCUAGCAGCUCUGGCGAAAUUGACGUAUCAUUUGAAACGUCAACGAGACGAGGGCUGUCGCUCCUUCUUCAACAAGUUCGAUGACGCGGUCCGCAAAAUCCAGGAGCACAACGUGGACUUGCCGGAGAAAUACUUGGGCUUCCUUCUGAUCAACUCCUUGAACAUCUCGGAGACGGACAUCAAGGCCAUGUUGGCUUUUACCCAAGGGUCCAUCUUGGUGAGAGAUGUGAAGGGUUGGUGUAGGAAACAUGAGAUGAAGCUGCUGGCCAAGGAUGUGGGUGUUGAUCGCACCAAAACUCCCUUGACGUCAAAGGCAAGUGCGGUGAUGAGUCUUCAGGCUGAGGAAGAGGAGCCUGAUGAUGAUGAGCUGAUGGCGAUGGAGGAACUAUGGCGAGAGCUACAUCCUGGAGAAGGUGACGAUGAGAUUGCUGAGACCUACCUGCCGGAGGAUGACGACGUGAUGGAGGAGCACGAGGCGAAGGAGGUUCUUUCAACGAUGCUGACCCAAAAGAAGAAAACGUUUAUGCAGAGCCUUCGAACCAAGAGGGCGAAGAACCUAGCCCGAGGCUAUGGACAAUGGAGGAACAAUGGAUCCUCUGGUCAGAGGUCGCAGAGCUCUAUGUCAACCAGCGGCUAUGUCAAGGGUGGCUUCUAUAGGAUGUCCCUGAGUGAGGCCAAAUCGAAGUCGCGAUGUGCCAAGUGCCAACAAAUUGGCCAUUGGCAUAAGGACCCAGAGUGCCCGAUGAACAAAGGGGGCAACAGCCAGAACAUAAAGUCCAAGGAGGUGAACCUGCUUGAAUCGGAGGAAGUGAUCUUCUGCGGACUACUUGAUCAAGUUGAAGAAUCCACCCGAACCAGCACAACUGAGAGCCCGACUGAGCCGAGUUCUGGUCAUUUUGACCGUGCGACGACUGUACAGGACAGUGUGAACACUGACCAUGGAAUUGGACAGUCGAAUUUUGAGCAAGCCUAUAAGGGAAUGAACUUGAUUUGUAUUGGAAUGAAAAUAUCAGCAGCCGAUCAAUGUCGAUUCGACCUACGAUCUCUGGAUGGAAACCUGCACAAGAAGCCGACUGGCUUCCUGACCAACUCACCGGCGAUCGCCGAACAACUGUCUAGGAGAUGUGACGGAAGCCAUGAACAUGAGCAGAUCCUGGGCAACAACCAUGGAGGCAGUCGAGCUCGACAAGCCCAGGAAUAUCCUCCAAAAUUGGUCGAUGCCAUUUUACGUGGAUACAAGAAUGAGAUCAAGCAAGAGAAGGAAGUACAUGUGACUGGAGUUGCUGGACUUUACCAAGAAUGGCAUCAACGUCAGUGUCGACAACCGACUCUGGAGGAGAUUAUCCCCUGUCAGACCAUCAAGGAGAUCUAUGCCAACAACGAUGAGCAGGUGCUUGAGAAUGAGGACACGGUGGAGGAGCCUGUCUUACCUGGACCUGAUUCAGAACCCGGACGCUCUCAAGAAUGCCCUCCACCUCAAGAACCAGGACUAGCUGUUCUACCUCCUCAUGAUCCAGUUGCACUUCCUGAUGCAGAAUCUGGCGGCCGACUUCCUAGAGAACGACCCUUUUCGACAGAGCAACUGGUCCGUCGUGCCCAUGAAGGACUUGGACAUCCUGGCAACGAUCGGUUAGCCAGGAUUCUGAAAAAUGCAAAGGCUUCGAAUGAAGCCAUCCAGAUUGCGAAGAAUCUGAAGUGCUCCGUGUGCCAGCAACAUGGAGCAGUUCAUCCAGCCCGUCGAGGAGCACCUCCUAGACAACUACACGUGAAUGAGAUAGUGGGUGUGGACACCGUUUACAUUCCCACGAUCGACGGCAAGAAAAGAAUGGCUCUCAACAUUGUGGACUGGUCAUCUCGCUUCCAGCUCAUCAUACCACUUCGGCGACAUACACCUGGAGAAGCUCGAAAGGCAUACUCCCAGUGGAUCAAGUUCUUUGGACCACCGACUCGAGUCUAUGUGGAUUUGGGAAGAGAGUUUCUGGGUGCCUUUGAGCUGGGAGCCGAACAUGAUGCCACUGUAUUUGAACCUAGCUCCCUGGAAAUGCCCUCUCAACGGGGGAUUACAGAAAGAGCUGGCAAGAACUUCAAGGAGGUCUUCAGCCGAACCCUGAUGCAGUACACCUGCCAGACCGAAGAGGAAUGGGAGCUGCUGUUGGACAUCGCGAACAUGACGUGCAAUCGACUGAUCAACAAAUCGGGUUUUAGCCCAAUUCAGCGAGUCCUUGGGUACAGUCCACGUGUUCCAGGUGGACUUCUUACAGGAGGUUACAAUGAUUUCUCAACUCGAAGUCUUCGAGGCGGUGACCUUCAGCUGCAAAAGGCAUACGAGAUGAGAUUGGCCGCUGCCAGGGCUUUUCAUGAAGCGGACUGCCAACAAGCUGUCAAGAACACCCUACAUGCCGGACCCCGCCGACUACACGAUUAUGAAGUUGGACAGACAGUCUACUUCUGGAGAAAGGGCAUGGAAGGAGCAAAAAGGGAUAGUCCUGAGUAUUGGAGGGGACCAGCUAGAGUCGUUUUGACCUCGCCUCCUAGCACAGUGUGGCUGAACUAUAGGGGUUACAUUGUCAAGGCAGCACCAGAACAGCUGAGAUUGGCAAGUGAAGAGGAACAAUUCACCUUGACCAAGUGGAUCGAUGAUAUUGCCCAAACCCGACAAGAGAUCGAACAACAACCUCGCGUGGGCUACAUCGACCUCACCAAGGAGACCUUCCCAGAGCUCAAGGAUGAGGAUGAGAACCCGACGGAGAAGACCGAAGAUACCGAGAGACAACCACAAUACCGACUGAUUGGCAAAAGAGAUCACCGAGAAAUCAUCUUUAAGGGGGAAAACCUACAGGAUGAAUGGUAUGUAGAUGAGGAACUACAACUUCUGGUCCGUUUCCAUCACCAACCACGAGAUUGGCUCUUCUCACCGGAUGAGGCAUCUGCCGAUUGUCCUAUUGAACAAGAACAUGUGGGUCAUCAGAGGAGGACAUUUGGAAAGUAUGUCAAUACCGGCAAGACGUUUCAAGUCAAUGACAACUGGUAUGAGAACAUCGAGUUGGAAACAAUGACAUCAUGGACCGGAAGAACAGAGUUCGAUAUCGUCCGGGAAAAACCAGUACAUGCACGAGAUCCUGCCGGAGAAGAACCUACCUUGAAGAAGCUACGAAAGAGUUCAGGAGAGAAGAAUGAAGAAAUUCCUUCCCCGAGCAUCCCUGAUGAGGAGAACGAGUACGAGCCUGAAGAACCACUAGCUCUAUGA